UUUAGAAAAGAGGUUCGUACAGCGAUUUUUGAUAUUUUAAAUAAAUACCAAGUUAUUUGUGUGUGAUAUAUUUUUAUUUUGUUUUAUACGUGUUAUCUAUUUAAUUAUUUUGCUUAUAAAAGUGGUGAUAUGUAAUGUUUAAAAAACUGACAUAGUUUGAUGUUCUUAAAUACUUAUUAACGAGUGCGGUUAUCCGUGUUAUCACUAGAAUAUUUUUUCUGGAAUACCAACACAUUGUAGUUAGAUAAAGAGGCCAAAAAAUUCGUGAAAUAGUCCUCGGACAACAGUAAUGGACUCGGCGGUCGACGACCAGUAUUCAUACUACGACGACGCAUCCGACAGAGCUUUUUAUCCUGAACACCGUUAUCCACAUAGCGAUCAGUUAGAUAUGAAAAGUUGGCAGCAACAAAGUUUCAAACACCAGGAAAUUAUUUCUCAGCGCACUACUCCUCAAUCUCUUUUGGAGUUUCAGGACAGGAUUCGCUCAUUAAGCUCAAUAGAUGCUUCUUUAGGUGUGCAAAUUUCCAAUAAUUGUAUAAUCAAACAAGAACCAGGAAUAAAUCAAGACUCAAAUUCUGUAAUGACUAAUUCAUCAUCUCCGUCGGUAUUAAGAAAAGUACCAUCACUUAGUGACUUAUCAUCUCAAUCUUCAGACAAUGAUUAUUCAACUGAUAUGGAUCAAGUUUCUGCUCAUUUAUUAUCAUCAUCAUCAUCGUCGACGGUCGCUGGGACUCAUCCGAACAAUAACAGUAAUCAACAGCAACUAGUACCGCCCGUUCCUCUUACUCCAGGAGUCCCUUUAACUCCCCUGACACCAGGCACAAACAGGACCAUGACCGAGGCUUUACAGGCUACUUUCGCUCAAUGGGAACGCGAGCGAAAUCGUCUUCGGGUGCCUAAAGAUCCUCGUCAGUGGACUGCUGCGCACACUGCUCAAUGGUUUCGGUGGGCUUAUCGUGAAUUCGCCGUGUCCGACGAACCUUUGACACCUUUGUUGAGAAGGCUCGGAGGAUCGUUUUUUGCUAUGCCUCCGCAAAAAGCCCGUCUGGGGCAGCAACAGCGUAGCCAACAACGAAUUCGACAGAGACCCAGACGUCGGCUCAGGAGCAACAGCAGUGUGUACACCAGCGAUAGUGAAAAUGAAGACGCUACAUCAGCUUCAACCGAAGACAUUAAACAAGAAGAAAUGGGCGACGAUGAUGUGCUCGUGGAUGAUCUCAAGAAAAAAACUCAGUUGUAUUGCAAGUUGGGCGAAGAGCUGUUGGCAAUGGGCCGUGAACGUUUUGUGUCCGAGGCACCGCCGUACCUCGGCGAUAUUUUAUGGGAACAUUUAGAACAAAUGACCAGGGAAGUCGACCGACCUACGACAACUGCCAGUUUCGUCAAUCCCGGAGCGCAAGGCGUACCGGCAAAUGGAGUUUAUGGAGACUUCUCUGCCAUCAAACCCGAAGGAGGUUACCCGCCAUAUACCGAGAGGAUUCGACUUCAACAACCCCCCGGCAGGAGAGGCGUCCGAAACCAACAGAACCGCGUCAAUCUGUACAGAUGCGGUAGUCAGAAUGUCACCGCACCACAACAAGCGACCACUCCACCAGCGGCAGCUGUGGCCAACCGAGGAUCCGCAACUCCUGAGGACAUCCGAAUGGUUUCUGAAAAUCCUUGUACUAUAGACCCUAGCGCAUCGCCCGCGUCUACAGAUCUCUAUAGUCAACAGUCAGCACCACAACUUAUGCAGAAUCACAGAUAUCAACAACAGCAGAGGGAUCAAUAUCAACAUAGGGCUCAUCAACAACAACAACAGCAGCAGCGAUACACAAUGGAUAGUUUUCAUGGAGAUUCAUACUCGAGUAGUAGUCCUUACCAUAUGGAUCCUGCUGUUGGAGCUUCUCCAUAUUUAGCUGCUCCUCCACAAACUGUUCCCAAUGGUAAUUCUCAAAAUACUGUAAUGGUAGACCAUUGGGCUGUUGCAGCAGCUGCUGCUGCUGCAAAUGGACCUGCAGAUUCCUCAAAUACAGUUCAUUUGCAACAUUUCAUGCAACAACAAUACCUCCAAUAUAAUAAUAAUCACCAAAUUCAUUACAAUAAUCAACCACAUCAGCAAACACAACAACAACAGCAUCAAAAUCACAUCUUAAGUAUGGGAACGAACAAUGGAAAUUUAAUGCAGCAGGAUAUAAAACCUCAAGUCGGCCAAACCUCAGGUCCACUGAUUACUAAUGGAUACACUCCAAGCGGAGGACCAUGUUUUACUGGAAGUGGACCUAUCCAAUUAUGGCAAUUCCUUUUAGAACUGUUAACAGAUAGACAAUGUCGGGCCUUUAUUUCAUGGACCGGUGGUGAUGACUGGGAAUUUAAAUUAACUGAUCCUGAUGAAGUUGCACGUCGUUGGGGUGUACGUAAAAAUAAACCAAAAAUGAAUUAUGAAAAACUUAGUAGAGGUUUACGCUACUAUUAUGAUAAGAAUAUCAUACAUAAGACUGCUGGAAAAAGAUAUGUUUACAAAUUUGUAUGUGAUCUUGAAUCUUUGUUAGGGUAUAGUGCUCGGCAAUUACAUGCUCUCGUUGAACCAGAAUGUGGCACUAAAGAUCAUGAUGAAUAACAAAUCAACACCACCAGUAUAUACGAAAUUGUGCAUAAAUUUUCUAUAUAUCAUUAAUGAUAUGAAGACUGAGCCCUGUCCAACAAUCUUAACUUUUAAAGUUAUUAUAUUUAUUAUUUCUACAAAAAUUGAGACAGUAAUCUAAAGUUCUCGUGAUAGUUGCUGUGUAUACCAAUUUAUUAUUUUAUUUAUAGUUUAUACAAUUUCUAUGUAAAUAUACAUUUUAUAUUGAAUGAUUACGUUGAGAGCUUAUUGUACAAAAAAUACCGAAUUUUUAUAUUAAUAAUG